AAUCUUUCACAGCAACAUAAAGAUGUAGCAUUGAUGAAUUUGGCCAAUGUCUUGCACCGAGCCCAUUUCUCAGCAGAUGCGGCCAUACUGGUUCAUGCAGCAUUGGAUGUAUCCAUGGACUUUCUCACAAGCCAUUACACUCUUGGAAACAUUUAUGCUAUGUUAGGAGAAUAUAACCAUUCAGUGCUAUGCUACGAUCAAGCAUUGCUUAUAAGGCCAGGUUUUGAACAUGCGCUAAGAAGGAAACAUGCCGUACUGUGCCAGCAGAAAUUGGAACAAAAAUUGGAGGCACAGCACAGAUCUUUGCAGCGAACGUUAAAUGAACUGAAGGAAUACCAGAAGCAACAUGAUAAUUACCUGAGGCAGCAAGAAUUGCUGGAGAAGCACAAAGUUAUGCAAGAUGAGCAGCUGCUGAGAAAUAUAAUCCAUGAAACACAAAUGGCUAAAGAAACUCAGCUAGGAAACCACCAGCUUUGUCGCUGGGUUAACAAGCAGCAAAUUUUACACUGUCAGUGGGAUCGUCCUGUGCGCUAUACCAGAGGAGAUCUUUUUGACACAGUAGAACAUGUACAGUUCGGGGAGGAUAGUUCCACCUCAAGAAUGAUGCCUGUUGAGAUGAAGUUGAUGAUGAAUAUGACAUGGGACAACAUACAGCAGAAAUUUCCAUCAUCACCAACAGGUCGAUCAGUGUUGAAUAUAUGGGGAAAGGAUUUCUCAAGCUACAAUGAUAUAUUAUGGCCAAAAAGGUUGGACUGUAUACACAGUUAUCCCACCCUUCCCAAGGCAGCUGAUCUUCCUACAUACUUUCUACCUCCAGAAUACAGAGGAUUCUGUGUCCGGUCAGUUCUGAUGUCUUCAGGAAACCAAGAUAGAGACAUGGCUGGCAGACUUCCUGACUGUUCUUCCAUGUUAGAUUUCCACAGUAAUGAACAGCUUUAUCAACUAGUGAAAGAACUGGAAAAUACACCAGACUUGAAAUCAGGAAUACCAGACUACUAUGCCAAGCAGGCUCUGUAUUCUCACUUGAGUAUUAUCGAGGAACAAGUUGGAGAGGUCAUCUCGCGAGCUAUUGAAAAGGAAACUGCACCAAUGUGGUUACUAUUGAAUGAAGCAGGUUUGUACUGGCGAGCCAUUGGGAAUACAACUUCUGCUCUUGACUGUUUAAGACAAGCAUUGAAUCUGGUUCCAGAAGAUUACAUGGACAUUCCACUUGUCAACCUGGCUAAUCUGCUAAUUCACAUUGAGCUACAUCAGGACGCUGCUGCUCUUUUGCAAAAAGCACUGGCUAUUAACAGCACAGAGCCUCUAACGCUUCUAAGCUUAGGGAACGCUUAUCUGGCUCUGAGGAACAUUAGUGCUGCUCUUCAAGCCUUUAGAACAGCACUGGACAGAACAACUGGAUGCCCUGAAUGUGACAGCAACCUUAAGUUAAUUCGCUGCCUACAGUUCUAUCCUUUCUUAUACAACCUUACAUCUUCCAAGUGUACAGGUAAGAACAGAAUAGAUCCUGAAGGAGCUGUAAUUAUAGCAGAAAACAACAGCACUAAUGAAAGAGAAAUUCCUAAAACCUUGGAGACUGAUGAAAAUCCAUCUGCCACGUCAGAAGUGUUUGAAAAUACUUGGCCCUCGGAAAAAGACCUUCUGGGAGCAUUUGAAGGAGCAUUUGAAGGAACAUUUGAAGUUAAAGGUCAUCGAGUAGAUCUACAGGGUAUUCGGGUUUUAAAGAAAAGUGUCCAGGAUGGAGUGCCUGGAUCCUGUUUUGGAGAUUGUGAGGAUGAUGAUGACGACGAAGCCGAAUGGAUAACUGUCCAAGUUAAACGUAUUAAGAAGUCAAAAAUAGACAGUGCAGAUAAUCCAGACUACAGUAUUCGUAACGGUGAGAAGAGUGACAGUUAUCUAGUAACUGAGGAAGAUGAUCAUUAUCGGUCUGCAUUUGAAAUAAGUGGGCCUAAAAUACCAUCUCCAGGACCACAAGGAAAGAAGCGAGAUUAUAUCAGCCUUGGAUGGCCUAGCCCUGAUGAAUGUAUGAAAAUCCGAAGAGUGGAGCUCACAAUGGUUGCAAGCACAUGGCUAGCAGUUUCAGCCAAAAAUAUAGAGUAUGCCAGAUUUCUUUCUUUUUUGAUAAUCCACAUCUAUUCUAUCGUAUAUAUAUCCUCAAAUACUUUAACAUUGCAAGGUAGUCCCUAUUUUUGGAGGUAUUUUUAAAUUUGUUCACACGACAUGGGCAUCGCUAGCUAGGCUGAUGUUUGUUGUACACCCCUAAUUGAUCUCCAGAAGGCAGUGGUGUGCUGACUUAUAACAACAUGACACAUGCUGAAGCAGUUUUAGUUGUCAUCAUUGGACUUCUACCAAAUUAACAUGGUCAAUAGUGCAUGCUGAAAUGAAAUAAUUUAGUCUAAUUUUGUAUGUGCAUAAAUUAUCCCAUGCAUGCACUUCAGUUCACCAACA